ACCAACCAGACCAGACAGUAAGACAGCUACUUCAAAGUCUUCGGACACACUUCAGAAGCGUAUGUUCAACUCCAUUCCCAAAUUCUUCAACCCUUUCUUCUAACUCCAAUUCCAAAAAUCGAAUCUUUCUCCAUUUCUACAACACCCCUCAUUUUCAUAAUACUAUCAACUAAAACUGGAUUAUCAUUGCCGUUAUCAUUCAUAUCAAACAGCAAUUGCAGCAGAUACAAAAUAUAUAAAAAAUGGAACUUUGAUCUGUGUCUGGUUCAGCGAGAUCUUAUUUGAGAGUUUUUGAGCUGUGGUUGAUUUAUGCACCCUGGAUUGGUAAUGAAGCCCGGUUUGUUAUUGAGAUUUUACAAGAAUGAGCAAUUGGGUAUGCUAGUUGUUCGCUGAAAUUACCAAGAGAAGGUGAGGGGAUUUUGUUUUGGUUUUGUGUUGGAAAUUGGAAUAAUGGGGUUUCCAUUUUCAGCUAUUGUUGUUGCUUUUUGGUGUGUUUGUUGUCACCUGUUCUUCAUUGGUGUUGCAAACUCAUACUUCCCUGAGGAUGCUUAUAAUUUUGAGAGGAAUUCGCAUCCAACAUAUAGUUAUGAUCGAAUCAGUGAAGUUCAGAAACAAUGUGCUUCUGUGUUAUCUGCAUCAUCUGAAUUGAGAUCUGAUUAUAGUGCUGUGACUGGUAUGAAAGGAGAGCUUUCAUUUGUGAAUGGGGAUUGGAUGCAGAAUGAGGGUAAGUUUCCAAUAAUGCCUUUUGAUGCCGGGAAAUCUCCGGGGUCCUUGGCCGGAGACCGUAGUCCUUUGAAGUUGGUAUCUUUCUGGGUGACUGAUGUUGAUCAUGCCCACCGGUUGAAGAAAUCGGUUCCUAUUAAUGGAUUUAUGAUGAUGGGAAUUACUCGAGAUGGUAGCUUUCUGGAUAGUAAUUAUGGUGGGAAUCCUGAAUUCCUAUUAUGGCCAAACCAUUCUCAGCUCUCGGUUUCCUUUCAAGGUGUUUACACCGAAUCAAGGAGGAAUGGUGGGGAAAGAGUGUUGUGUUUGUUAGGGAGUACAAUGCUUCCGACUCGAGAGGCCGAUCCUUCUAAUCCUUGGUCAUGGAUGAAGAAUCAUGGUGAUAUUCCUCUGUCAGAAGAUGAUCAAAUUCUUCUAGUUCUUCGAUAUCCCAUGACAUUCACAUUAACAAACAGGAUCAUCAAUGGAGAGUUAAGAAGUGUGAACCCCCUAUCAAAUCCUAAAUAUUUUGAUCCGGUUCGCAUAUCAUCACAAUUGGGAAAGUCAGCGAAAUACAAAUUUGCCACCCCACAUGUCUUGUCCAAGGCAUGCAGUCCAUACCCUUAUAAAGAUAACACAACAACCGAUGGCAUUGGUGCUUAUCAAGGGGAAAGAUUCUGUGAAAUCCUUGAAGAAAUUACCAGAGAGCAGCCUCUAAAUGUCGUGCCGAACUGGAGAUGCAACGGCACUGAUGAUUUCUGCAGUAAGUUAGGCCCCUUUUUGUCUGAUAAGGCAAUCAAAACAACAGAUGGAGGGUUUCAAGAUGUUAAACUUUAUAUGCAGCUUGUUAUCUGUGAGCAACCAACUACUAAUCGAAAUGCUGGCUCUGCUAGAGUAUCUGCAGUUUUAAGAGCAGUUUCUCCAUCAGAAAAUGUAUAUACUGCUGCAAAGAGAUCUGGUCCGAACAACAUGUCUCUUGCCGCUGAAGGGAUCUGGAAGUCCUCUAGUGGACAGCUUUGCAUGGUUGGUUGCCUUGGAUUAAUCAAUGCCAAAGAGAGUAGCUGUAACACUCGGAUCUGUAUCUAUCUCCCUACCACUUUUUCGAUAAAGCAGCGCAGUAUUAUCUUGGGGACUAUGUCUCCCAUUAACAAUGCUAAUGCCUUCUUUCCUCUGUCUUUUGAGAAGUUUGUGCUACCUUCGGAGCUCUGGAAUUAUUUCAAAUUCACUCAUCCAAAUUACAGUUACUCUAAGAUUAACUUGGCUGGCACCGUCUUGGAAAGAAACGAGCCCUUCAGUUUUACAACUUCAGUCAAGAAAUCGCUGCUGACAUUCCCCAAACUGGAAGAUAAUGAGGCAUUCCAAGAUAGUCUGUCACUUCUUUCAGAAGAUCUCAGUUUUCAUGUCUCCGGUUAUCCUGAUCCUAUGCCUAAUAUCCAGGCCCCAAGGGUCGACAUUCAGAUAGAAAUUCUAUCUGUUGGUCCUUUGUUUGGCCGGUAUUGGUACGCCCGAAAUGGUUCAACUUGGGAACAAGAAACACCUUAUCAUGUCAAGGAUGUAUAUACAGAAAAGCAGCUUCUUAUAAAUGUAUCUGCACAACUCAUUCUUACUGGAAAAGCUUAUAGUAAUUUUUCAGUGGUAUCUUUGGAGGGUCUUUAUGAUCCACAUGUUGGAAAGAUGUAUCUAAUCGGCUGUAGAGAUGUGCGAGCAUCGUGGAAGGUCUUAUAUCAGAGUUAUGACCUUGAGUCUGGGCUGGACUGUUUGAUCGAGGUGGUCAUAUCUUAUCCUCCGAUAAAAGCUCGGUGGCUGGCCAAUCCCACAGCUAAAAUUUCUAUAGAAAGUCAAAGAACCGACGAUGAUGCCCUUCGCUUUGAUUCAAUAAAACUUCAAACAUUUCCAAUCAUAUACAGGAAGCAGCGUGAGGAUGUCCUCUCACGCAGAGGUGUCGAAGGGAUUCUUCGCAUCUUGACGCUUACACUAGCUGUUACUUGCAUUUUAAGCCAACUGUUUUAUAUAAAAGAUAAUGUGGAUUCGCUUCCGUAUGUAUCUCUUGUUGUGCUAGGUAUUCAAGCUCUUGGAUAUAGCAUUCCAUUGAUAACAGGUGCUGAAGCUCUUUUCAAGAGAAUGGCUUCGGAAUCCUAUGAUGUGUCAGCAUCAGGUGAACUUGAGAGCAGUGAAUGGCUUCAUGUCAUUGACUACACUGUGAAACUGCUCUUGAUUGUAUCCUUGCUACUAACUCUUCGGCUUUGUCAGAAGGUGUGGAAGUCUCGCAUCAGAUUGCAAACUCGCGCCUCUCACGAACCACUUGGUCUCCCAAGUGAUAAAUUUGUAUUACUCUGUACCUUUGUCAUGCAUCUGAUUGGAUAUGUCAUUGUUCUAGUAGUUCAUGGCGCGAAGGCCGGCCAGAAGCCUCUUAGAGCAAAGACAUAUUCGGUGGAUGGCGAAAAUUCUCAUUUGCUUCCAGAUUGGUUAAGAGAAUUGGAAGAAUACUGUGGUCUUGUUGAAGAUUUUUUCUUGUUUCCACAAAUUACUGGGAACUUGAUCUGGCAGAUUCAUUGUAAACCACUCAGAAAACUGUACUAUAUUGGAAUAACUUUGGUCAGAAUUCUUCCUCAUGUGUAUGAUUACAUCCGAGCACCGGCUCCAACUCCUUACCUUUCCGAGGACUCGGAAUUUGUCAAUCCAAGCUUGGAAUUCUACUCAAAGUUUGGUGACAUUGCCAUUCCAGUGACUGCUAUUAUUCUUGCAAUUGUACUCUACAUUCAACAGAGGUGGGGCUAUGAGAAGCUGAGCCGGACUCUGACAAUCGGCCGGCAUAGACUUCUCCCGAGUUUCAGAUAUGAGAGGUUGUCUUCUAGGUCUCCUGAAACUGAACUGGUUCCGGGUACCAACGGUUGUGCUGCAAAUGAGAAAGAACAAUCUGAUGUAGAAUGAUGUUAGAGACUUGAUCACUGACAGAAGCUGUUGUAAACAAACAUACAUACAUGAAAAUGUAGGUAUCUUGGGGAUGUUUUGUUAUAUAUGAUGAGAAGUUCAUUUUACAAAAUCAAACUGAUUCUGAAUUUUGAUUUUGUUCUGCAAAUU